ACGGCGCGGCGAAGAGGCGGUGGCAGGAGCCCGCGCCCGGCCCGGCGCCCGCCCCGCGCUGCUCCGCGGCGCCUUUUCUGCACCCGCCGCUCCGCGGAGCGGGAGCCUUGGCCCUUCGCGCGGCUGCCGCGAGCUGCCCCGCGCUCGGCCAGGCCCCCGCCUUAGGGAUGGCAAACUUGCGCCCCGUGGCCGCCUCCGCCAGCGCCGGCCCCCGCUCCUGCUGCUGACGGCGCCCAGGGCAAGGGACAUAGGAUGACCCCAGCCUGUCCCCUCUUACUAUCUGUGAUUCUGUCCCUGCGCCUGGCCGCAGCCUUCGACCCCGCCCCCAGCGCCUGUUCAGCCCUGGCCUCGGGUGUGCUCUACGGGGCCUUCUCACUGCAGGACCUCUUUCCUACCAUCGCCUCAGGCUGCUCCUGGACCCUGGAGAACCCUGACCCCACCAAGUACUCCCUUUACCUGCGCUUCAACCGCCAGGAGCAGGUGUGCACCCACUUUGCUCCCCGCCUGCUGCCCUUGGACCACUACCUGGUCAACUUUACAUGCCUGCGGCCUAGCCCUGAAGAGGCUGUGGCCCAGGCAGAGGCAGAGGUGGGGCGGCCAGAGGAGGAGGAGGCAGCAGGGUUGGAACUGUGCGGCGGCGCGGGCCCUUUUACCUUCCUGCACUUCGACAAGAAUUUCGUGCAGCUGUGCCUGUCGGCCGAGCCCUCGGAGGCCCCGCGCCUGCUGGCUCCCGCUGCCCUGGCCUUCCGCUUUGUCGAGGUCUUGCUCAUCAACAACAACAACUCCAGCCAGUUCACCUGCGGUGUGCUCUGCCGCUGGAGUGAGGAGUGUGGCCGCACUGCUGGCAGGGCCUGUGGCUUUGCCCAGCCGGGCUGCAGCUGCCCUGGUGAGGCAGGGGCCGGCCCCGCCACUGCCACGCCUCCAGGGCCACCUGCUGCCCACACCCUGUCCAAUGCCCUGGUGCCUGGGGGCCUGGCCCCACCUGCUGAGGCUGAUUUGCACUCUGGGAGCAGCAAUGACCUAUUCACAACUGAAAUGAGAUAUGGUGAGGAGCCGGAAGAGGAACCGAAGGUGAAAACCCAGUGGCCAAGGUCUGCGGAUGAGCCUGGGCUAUACAUGGCGCAGACAGGCGACCCGGCGGCUGAGGAGUGGUCCCCGUGGAGCGUGUGUUCCCUGACGUGUGGGCAGGGUCUGCAGGUGCGGACCCGCUCCUGUGUGUCCUCCCCCUAUGGGACCCUGUGCAGCGGGCCCCUGCGGGAGACCCGGCCCUGCAACAAUUCAGCCACCUGCCCAGUGGAAGGCCAGUGGCUAGAAUGGGGUCCCUGGGGCCCAUGCUCCACAUCUUGUGCUAAUGGGACCCAGCAGCGCAGCCGGAAGUGCAGCGUGGCAGGCCCAGCCUGGGCCACGUGUACAGGUGCCCUCACUGACACCCGCGAGUGCAGCAACCUCGAGUGCCCGGCUGCAGAUGGCAAGUGGGGGCCUUGGAACUCAUGGAGCCUGUGUUCCAAGACCUGUGAUACAGGCUGGCAGCGCCGCUUCCGCAUGUGCCAGGCCACAGGUGCACAGGGCUACCCCUGCGAGGGCACCGGAGAGGAGGUGAAGCCCUGCAGUGAGAAGAGGUGUCCAGCAUUCCAUGAGAUGUGCAGGGAUGAGUAUGUGAUGCUGAUGACGUGGAAGAAGGCGGCUGCUGGCGAGAUCAUCUACAACAAGUGUCCCCCCAAUGCCUCAGGAUCUGCCAGCCGCCGCUGUCUCCUCAGUGCCCAGGGCGUGGCAUACUGGGGGCUUCCCAGCUUUGCCCGCUGCAUCUCCCACGAGUACCGCUACCUAUAUCUGUCACUUCGGGAGCACCUGGCGAAGGGGCAGCGUAUGCUGGCAGGCGAGGGCAUGUCACAGGUGGUGCGCAGCCUACAGGAGCUUCUGGCUCGGCGCACCUACUACAGCGGGGACCUGCUCUUCUCUGUGGACAUUCUGAGGAAUGUCACUGACACCUUCAAGAGGGCCACCUAUGUGCCCUCGGCUGACGAUGUGCAGCGCUUCUUCCAGGUGGUGAGCUUCAUGGUGGAUGCCGAGAACAAGGACAAAUGGGAUGAUGCUCAGCAGGUGUCCCCUGGCUCUGUGCACCUGCUUCGUGUUGUGGAGGACUUCAUUCACCUGGUGGGCGAUGCUCUCAAGGCCUUCCAGAGCUCUCUGAUUGUGACAGACAACCUGGUGAUCAGCAUUCAGCGAGAGCCCGUCUCAGCCGUGUCUAGCGACAUCACGUUCCCCAUGCGGGGCCGCCGGGGCAUGAAGGACUGGGUGCGGCACUCAGAGGAUCGCCUCUUCCUGCCCAAGGAGGUGCUCAGCCUCUCCUCCCCAGGAAAGCUGGCUGCGUCUGGAGCAGCAGGCAGCCCUGGCAGGGGACGGAGCCCAGGAACAGUGCCCCCUGGCCCAGGGCACUCCCACCAGCGCCUCCUCCCGGCAGACCCUGAUGAGUCCUCCUCCUACUUCGUGAUUGGUGCUGUGCUCUACCGCACCCUUGGCCUCAUCCUGCCACCCCCUAGGCCCCCGUUGGCCGUCACUUCCAGGGUGAUGACAGUGACAGUGCGGCCUCCCACCCAGCCACCAGCUGAGCCCCUUAUCACAGUGGAGCUCUCCUACAUCAUCAACGGCACGACGGAUCCCCGCUGUGCCAGCUGGGACUACGCCAGAGCAGAUGCCAGCUCUGGGGACUGGGACACUGAGAGCUGCCAGACCCUGGAGACACAGGCAGCCCACACCCGCUGCCAGUGCCAGUACCUGUCUACCUUUGCCGUGCUGGCCCAGCCGCCCAAGGACCUGACCCUGGAGCUGGCAGGCUCCCCCUCGGUCCCCCUUGUGAUUGGCUGUGCCGUGUCCUGCAUGGCACUGCUCACCCUCCUUGCCAUCUAUGCCGCCUUCUGGAGGUUCAUAAAAUCGGAACGCUCCAUCAUCUUGCUGAACUUCUGCCUGUCCAUCCUAGCAUCCAAUAUCCUGAUCCUUGUGGGCCAGUCUCGGGUGCUGAGCAAGGGUGUGUGCACCAUGACGGCUGCCUUCCUGCACUUUUUCUUCCUCUCCUCCUUUUGCUGGGUGCUCACUGAGGCCUGGCAAUCCUACCUGGCUGUCAUCGGACGCAUGCGCACCCGCCUCGUUCGGAAGCGCUUCCUCUGCCUGGGCUGGGGUCUGCCUGCCCUGGUGGUGGCUGUGUCUGUCGGUUUUACCCGCACCAAAGGAUAUGGUACAUCCAGCUACUGCUGGCUCUCCCUGGAGGGUGGCCUGCUCUAUGCCUUUGUGGGCCCUGCAGCAGUCAUUGUACUGGUGAAUAUGCUCAUUGGAAUCAUUGUCUUCAACAAGCUCAUGGCACGUGAUGGCAUCUCAGACAAGUCCAAGAAGCAGAGGGCCGGGUCGGAGCGGUGCCCCUGGGCCAGCCUGCUCCUCCCCUGCUCAGCGUGUGGAGCGGUCCCCAGCCCCCUGCUCAGCUCAGCCUCGGCCAGGAACGCCAUGGCCUCACUCUGGAGCUCCUGCGUGGUGCUGCCCCUGCUGGCGCUCACCUGGAUGUCCGCUGUCCUGGCCAUGACGGACCGUCGCUCCGUCCUCUUCCAGGCCCUCUUCGCUGUCUUCAACUCUGCGCAGGGCUUUGUCAUCACUGCUGUGCACUGCUUCCUGCGCCGAGAGGUCCAGGACGUGGUGAAGUGCCAGAUGGGCAUGUGCCGGGGUGAUGAGAGUGAAGACUCCCCCGACUCGUGUAAGAACGGGCAGCUGCAGAUCCUGUCAGACUUUGAAAAGGACGUGGAUCUGGCUUGUCAGACAGUUCUGUUCAAGGAGGUCAACACUUGCAACCCAUCUACCAUCACGGGCACACUGUCCCGCCUGUCCCUGGACGAGGAUGAGGAACCCAAGUCCUGCCUUAUGGGUCCUGAGGGAGGCCUCAGCUUCUCACCACUGCCUGGGAAUAUCCUGGUGCCCAUGGCAGCCUCACCAGGGCUGGGGGAGCCGCCGCCCCCACAGGAGGCCAACCCCGUGUACAUGUGUGGGGAGGGUGGCCUGCGGCAGCUAGACCUCACAUGGCUGCGGCCCACCGAGCCAGGCUCCGAGGGGGACUACAUGGUGCUGCCCCGGCGGACUCUGAGUCUACAACCUGGUGGCGGGGGUGGAGGUGGUGAGGACCCCCCAAGGGCCCGGCCUGAGGGUACCCCCCGGAGGGCCUCCAAGACACUGGCCCACACCGAAGGCUACCCCAGCUUCCUGUCUGUGGACCACUCUGGCCUGGGGCUGGGCCCUGCCUAUGGGGCUCUGCAGAACCCAUACGGGAUGACCUUCCAGCCACCACCACCGACGCCCAGUGCCCGCCAGGUGUCCGAGCCAGGGGAGCGCAGCCGGACCAUGCCCCGUACCGUGCCAGGCUCCACCAUGAAGCUGGGCUCUCUGGAGCGAAAGAAGUUACGGUAUUCAGACCUGGACUUUGAGAAGGUGAUGCACACCCGGAAACGACACUCAGAACUCUACCACGAGCUCAAUCAGAAGUUCCACACUUUUGACCGCUACCGCAGUCAGUCCACGGCCAAGAGGGAGAAGCGGUGGAGUGUGUCCUCAGGUGGGACAGCUGAAUGGAGCAUGUCCAGAGAGAAGCCCAGCCCUGGGGAGCAUCCUGGCUUGUCCCAACAGCGGCGACAUCAGAGCUGGAGCACUUUCAAGUCCAUGACGUUGGGCUCGCUGCCCCCCAAGCCCCGAGAACGGCUGGCCCUGCACCGAGCCACAGCCUGGGAGCCCACAGAACCACCUGACGGGGACUUCCAGACAGAGGUGUGAGCACCACGCCGGACUGCACACUGCGUAUAAAUAUAUAUAUCUCUCUAUUUUCACACUCCACUUUGGAACUACCCAGGAGCCAGCGCCCCCUCCCCUCUCCCAAGGGCUGGGCAGGGAGGUGCAGUGGACUUGGCUGGGCUGGGGGAGCCAGAUGUGGCGUGACUUGGGGGGCCGGGGCCCUUCCCUUUUUCUCAGAGGCCCCUCAGCCACUGGAGCUCCAUCUUCACACCAGCCUGUCUGUCCCUGUCCCGGGCUGGGGAGGGUGGAGGGGAACUUUGUUGGGAAUAAACUUUACUC